UCAAUUUGAAGGAUACAGUCAAAUUGCUCCCCCCUAGAAGACUGUACCUAUUUAUGUUCUAACAGCAUAUGAGACUGAUCACUUUCCUACAGCCUCACUAGUGAUAAGGUUUUCAGAUUUUAAAACAUUUACUGAUCUGAUAGCUAAAAAGAGAAAUUCAAGUAUUUCACCAGUUCACCUUUUGAGAAUUGUGGAUUUGUAUCCUAAAAGUGGCAGGUUUCCAGGAAAUCUUCACAAAGGAGGCAGAAUUUGCUGCCCUGUGACUUGAUCAACCUGUGAAGCUACCGUCCUGAGAAAGUCAGAGCUGGGUACCCCUAGGAAGUAGGGUCAUGCCUUGUACGCAGUGGAUGCUUAGUAAACGUUUAUCACCUUAACUGAGCUUUAGUUUAUUAACUGUGCUCUCACUUAAAUAGAGAAGUCCAGGACCCAGCCUGAAGUCUGGGCUGCUGGGACAUCUCCUCUCCUGCCUACAGGAACAAAACAGCUACCUGAGCAUGAAGGCUGCAGGAGGUCCCUCACAUGCAGGAGUUCCAUCUUUGGUGGAGACAACACCUCCUGAAACUCCCUCUGGAUGUUCCAGGUGGAGUUUGGAGAGGCUGAAGAGAGAUUCCCUCAGCAGAGCCACUGGGGCUGAGGGGAUUCCCCUCCUAACAGGGAGGGCAAGAUGUGGGACCAUGUAGAAGCUGGAGUGACCUCAAAGAGUAAGGAGAAAGCACUGCCUUCUGCGGUUUCUGCCCUUCUUCAGGAAGAGGAGGAAAUGCCCAAAUUACAGGAGCUGGUGACGUUCCAGGAUGUGGCUGUGGACUUUACCCAGGAGGAGUGGGAGCAUCUGGAUCCCUCUCAGAGGCACCUGUACAGAGAAGUGAUGUUGGAGAACUAUGGGAAUCUCAUCUCCUUGGCAGGACAUCUGCUGUCCAAACCAGAAAUGAUUUCCCAUUUUGAACAAGAAGAUGAUGUGUGGAUGGAGGAAAAAAUACCAAGAAGCUCCUAUUCAGGAGACAAGCCCUACCGAUGCAUGGAGUGUUCUGGAGUCUUCAACUUAGAAUCUGCUCUGAGAAGGCACAGGAAGGACCACAUGGGAAAGAAACCUCACACAUGUGAGGAAUGUGGGAAGGACUUCAGCCGUAGCUCCAACCUGUCCAUCCAUCGGCGAGUACACACAGGCGAGAAGCCCUACAGAUGUGGUGUGUGCGGGAAGGACUUCAGCCGCAGCUCCAACCUCUCUAUCCACCAGCGCAUCCACACAGGUGAGAAACCCUUCAGGUGCUGUGACUGUGGCAAGGACUUCAGCCGCAGGGCAGCCCUGCAGAUCCACCAGAGUGUCCACACAGGAAGGAAGCCUCAUGCCUGUAAGGUAUGUGACCGGGGCUUCACCUCACGCUCUACGCUGGCACGACACCAGCAGGACCACGCAGGAGACAAGGCCUAUGUGUGUGACACAUGUGGCCGGGGCUUCAGCCAGAGAGCCAACCUCUACCUGCACCAGCGUGUUCACACUGGGGAGAGACCAUUCCGGUGCGAGGCCUGUGGGAAGUGCUUCAGCUGGAGCAAGGACCUGGGUAUCCACCAGAGGGUCCACACGGGAGAGCGGCCCUACAGGUGUGAGGCUUGUGGGAGGGACUUCAGGCAUCGUUCGGCCCUCAAGAGGCACCAGAGGGUGCACACAGGGGAGAAGCCCUACCCCUGUGCCGUGUGUGGGAAGGGCUUCAGUCAGAGAGUCCAUCUGCAGACGCACCAGAAAGUGCACUGUAGGGAGAGGCUUCCAGGAUUGGGCUCUGCACAUGCAGGUGCCUUCCGUGGCCAGGGCGAAUGCCAGGGCAUGGGUGCUGAGGUGCACAACGUAGAUCAGGCUUAAUGAUGUUUGGCAUUUAUUAGUAUUUAUACAGAAAAGAGGACAGAUCAACAACACUUAGAUAGAUGGAGAAAUAGAACAUUUUCAGCCCUCCCAAAAGACCUCUGCAUGCUUCUUUCCACUCACUACCCCACAAAGGGAGUCACUAUCCUGACUUCUAAAACCAUAGAUUGAUUUUGCAAGUUAUAGAAUAUCAUACAAGUGGAAUUACACAAUAUGUAAUCUUUCAUAUAGAACUUUAUUCACUCAGUGUCUGCAUCCAUGUUGUUGCAUGUAUUCAGAGGUUCAUUCAUUUUAUUACAGAGUAGUAUUCUAUUGUUUGAAUGAACCACAGUUUGUCCAUUCACCUGUUGAUGGACAUUUACAUUUGGGUUAUUUCCAGGUUUUCCAGGUUUUGUUCGUUAUGAAUAAAGCUGCUGUGAGUAUUUGGGUACACAUCUUUGUGUGGACAUAUACUUUAAUUUCUCUUGGGUAUAUACUUAGGAGUAGAAUUGAUGGGUAUUUUUUUAAUUAAUUUUUUUAAAGAUUUCUUUGAUGUGGACCAUUUUUUUAAAAGUCUUUGUUGAAUUUAUUACAAUAUUGCUUCUGUUUUAUGUUUUGGUUUUUUGGCCACGAGGCAUGUGGGAUCUUAGUUCCCUGACCAGGGAUUGAACCUGCACCCCCUGCAUUGGAAGGCAAAGUUUUAACCUCUGGACCGCCGGGAAAGUCCCUUGAUGGGUAUUUUAAAACUUGUAAAAAACUGGGCUUAGUAUUGUCUUGUACAUUGGAUUUUUACAUGUACUUGGAAAAUUUCAAACAAAUACAGAAAUGGAACAGUGUAACAAACACUCAUGUCCCCAUCAUCUAGCUUCAGUAAUCAAUUCAUGAUGAAUUUUGUUUCCUCUAUUCCACCCUGUUCCCUCACACAGUCCUGAAGUAUUUUAAAGCAAAUCCUAGACUAGGAUAUUGUGUCAUCUUUAUAUAGUAUAUAUCUUCAAAAAAUAAAGAUUUGUUUAAAAUGUUUUUCCAAAGAAUCACUCUGUUUAAAAAUUUUUUUAUUAAGGUGAAAUUCAGAAAACAUAAAAUUCACCAUUUUAACCAUUUCAGAGUAUAUUAUUCAAUAGUUUUAAAUAUAUUCACAAUGUUGUACAACCAUCUCCACUGUCUGAUUCUAGAAUAUUUUCAUCAGGCCAGAAAGAAACCCCGUUACUAUUAAGCAGUCACUUUGCAUUCUCCCCCUCCCCCAGCCUCUGGCAACCACUAAUGUACUUUCUGUUUCUAUAGAUUUGCCUAUUCUGGACACUUCAUAUAAAAGGAGUCAGGCAAUAUGUGCCCUUUUAUGUCUGGCUUCUUUCACUUAGCAUAAUGUUUUCAAGGUUCAUUUAUGUUGUAGCAUAUAUUAGGACUUCAUUCUUUUUAUGGCCAAACAAUAGUUCAUUGUAUGGAUAUACAGCAUUUUAAAAUCCAUUUUUAAGUUAACGGACAUUCGGAUUGUUUCCAGUUUUUGGGUUUUAUGAAUAAUGCUACCAUAAACAUUCAUAUACGAGUUUUUCAUUGAGCAUAUGCUUUUAAUUCUUUUGGGUAUAUAUGGAGGAGUGGAAUUAGUGGGUCAUAUGAUCAUUCUGUUUUACUGUUUGAGGAACUGCUGAAUUGUUUUCCAUAGAUCCAUUUUAUCUUGCCAUCAGCAAUGUAUGAGAGUCCCACUUACUCCACAUCCUCAGCAACACUUGUCAUUUCCCAUAUUUUGUUUGUUUGUUUUGUUUUUAAUCAUAGCCAUACUAGUGGCUAUGAAGUGGUAUCUUACUGUGAUUUUGAUUUACGUUUCCCUAAUUACUAAUGAUGUUGAACUUCUCUUUAUGUGUUUACUGGCCAUUUAUAUAUCUUCUUUAGAGAAAUGUCUAUUCAAGUGCUUUACCCAUUUUUAAAUUGGAUUGUUUAUCUUCUUGUGUUUGAGUUGUAAUAGUUAUUUAUAUAAUCCCAGGCCCUUAUGAAUAUAUUAUUUGCAAAGAUUUUCUCCCACUCUUUGGGUUGUAUUUUCAUUUUCUUGUUGGUGUCCUUUGAUGUGUAAAAGUUUUUAAUUUUGAUGAAGUCCAAUUUAUUCUUUUCUCUUGGUGCUUGUGCUUUUGCGGUCAUAUUUAAGAAAUAGUUACAUAAUGCAAAGUCACAAAAAGCUAUACCUAUUUUUCCUUUUAAGAGUUUUAUAGUUUUAGCUCCUACAUUUAGGUUUGAUCCAUUUUGAAUCAAUUUUUGUAUGUAGUAUGAGGUAGAAGUCCAAAUUAGUUCUUUUGUAUGUUGAUACCCAAUUGUCCCAGCACCAUUUGUUGAAAAGACUAUUCUUUCCCCAUUGACGAGUCUUGAACCCUUGUUGAAAAUCAAUUGACUAUAUGUAUGGGUUUAUUUCUGGACUCUCAAGUCAAUUCCACUGAGCUGGGACUUCCCGGGCAGUCCAGUGGUUGGGACUCUGCAUUUCCACAGCAGGGGCCGGGUUCAAUCCCUGGUCAGGGAACUAGGAUCCUGCCUGCCACACAACAUGGCCAAAAAAAAAUCAACAUCAAUUCCAUUAAUCUAUAUGUGUGUCUCUAUGCCAGUACCAUACUGGUUUGAUUACUGUAGCAUUGUAGUAAGUUUUGAAAACAAGAAAUGUGAGUCCUCCAAUUUUGUUCUUCAAGAAAAAAGAUAUUUUUGGCCAUUCCUUUGCAAUAACAAUAUGACUUUUAGAGUCAGCUUGUCCAUUUCUGCAAAAAAGGCUAUUGGGAUUAUGAUAUGGAUUGCACUGACUCUGCCGUAACUUUGGGGAGUAUUGUCAUCUUACCAACAUUGUCUUCCAGUCCAUGAACACAGGAUGUUUUUCUGUUUAUUUGGUUUUCUUUAAUUUCUUUCAACAAUAUGUUUUGUAGUUUUCAGUGUACAAGUCUUAUACCUCAUUAGUUAAACUUAUUCUUAAGUAUCUUAUUAAUGUUAUUGUAAAUGGAAUUGUUUUCUUAAUUUCAUUUUUGGGUUGUUCAUUGCUGGUUGUACGGAAAUACAACUGAGUUUUGUAUAUCAAUUUUGUAUCCUGCAAUUUUGCUGAACUCGUUUAUUAGCUCUAAUGGUUUUUUAGUGGAUUUUUUAGAGCUUUCUAUAAGAUCAUAUUAUCUGUGAAUAAAGAUAGUUUUAUUUUUUGCUUUUCAACUUGGAUACCAUUUAUUUCUUUUUCUUGCCAAUUGCCCUGGCUAGAACUUCCAGGACAAUGUCUAAGAGACCUGUUGAGAGCAGAUAUUCUUGUAUUGUUUCUUGUCUUAGAAGGGAAAGCUUUCACCAUUAAGUGUGAUAUUAGUUAUAGGUAUUUUCAUACAUGCCCUUUUUCCUUCAUUCUGUUAAUAUAAUGUAUUCCAUUAAUGGAUUUUCCAGUAUUAAACCAGCCUUGCAUUUCUGGGAUACAUUCCAUUUAGUCAUAGUGCAUACAGUAAUUCUUUUUAUAAGCUGCUUGAUUCAAUUUGCUAGUAUUUUGUUGAGGAUUUUUGCAUCUAUAUUCAUAAACAAUAUUGGUCUCUAGUUUUUCUCUUCUGUGAUGUAUAUAACUGGCUUUGAUAUGAGGGUAAUAUUGGCCUCAUAGAAUGAGUUAGGAAGUGUUCCCUCCUUUUCUUUUUGAGGGGAAAAUUUGAGAAGUAUUGUUAAUUUUUCUUUAAAUGUUUGGUAGAAUUCACUGGUGAAGCCAUCUGAUUCUUAACUUUUCUUUGUUAGAAGUUGUCUCAGUCAAUUCGAGGUGCUAUAACAAAAUACCAUAAACUGGGUGGCUUAAACAACAAACAUUUAUUUCUCACAGUUCUGGAAGCUGGGGAGUCCAAGAUCAAGGGGCCAGCAGAUAUGGUGUCUGUUCUUGCUGUAUCCUCACAUGGCAGAGAAGAGAGACUGAGAGAGAGAGAGAGGGAGAGACAGGGCGCACUCUCUGGUUUCUUCUUCUUGCUAGUCCCAUCAUGGGCACCCUGCCAUCCUGACUUCAUCUAAACCUAAUUAUCUCCCAAAGACUCCACAUCCAAAUAUCAUCAUGUUGGAGGUUAGGGCUUCAAUAUUAAUUUUGUGGGAGACACAUACGUUCAGUCCAUAACAGAAGUUAUUUGUUUACUGAUUCAAUCUCUUGUCAUAGAAAGGCAUACUUCUCUUGAAUAGGUUUUGACAGUUUGUGUGUUUCUAGGAAUUUUCCCAUUUCAUCUAGGUCGUCUAAUUUGUUACCAUAAAAUUGUUCAUAAUAUUAUUUUAUAAUCCUUUUUAUUUCUGUAAGGUCAGUAGUAAUGUCUCCUCUUUCAUUCA